GAGCGCGUCGGGCCGGGCCGGGCGGCUCCGGGGGAACUAGGGGGAGCUGCUGCACCUGAUACACCGGAGCGGGAGCGGCGCUGCCCACCGCUUGUGAACGCCUCUCCCCGCCGUUAGUCAGCGCUGGGCUCCCUGUUUCUCCCUCCUCCCGCCCCUUCAGCGCGGACCUGGGCUCUAGCUCCUGUUCCCCUCGGGGCCGGCGGUAGCGCGUCCUCCUCCUCCUUCCCCCCCGGCUCCCAUGGCUUCGUCCGGCACCGGUAUGGAGGAGGUGCGCGUCUCGGUGCUGACCCCACUCAAACUAGUGGGGCUGGUGUGCAUCUUCCUGGCGUUGUGUCUGGACCUGGGAGCCGUGCUCAGCCCCGCCUGGGUGACGGCGGACCACCAGUACUACCUGUCCCUUUGGGAGUCCUGCCGCAAGCCCGGCAACUUGGACAGCUGGCUCUGCGAGUCGACGCUGCACAGCGACUGGCAGAUAGCUACUCUUGCCUUGCUGCUGGGUGGUGCUGCCAUCAUUCUCAUCGCUUUCCUGGUUGGGUUGAUCUCUAUCUGCGUGGGAUCUCGGAGGCGGUUCUACAGACCAGUGGCGGUCAUGCUCUUUGCUGCAGUUGUUCUUCAGGUGUGCAGCUUAGUCCUUUACCCAAUCAAGUUCAUCGAAACAGUCAGCUUGAAAAUAUACCAUGAGUUCAACUGGGGCUAUGGCCUGGCUUGGGGUGCAACAAUAUUUUCAUUUGGGGGUGCCAUUCUUUAUUGCCUGAACCCUAAGAACUAUGAAGACUAUUACUAGAAUCGUUUAAGGAAAAGCAAAAUAAAAACAAAACAAAAGGAUUACCCCAUCUUUUCUAACUCACAGUUUUUUUAGAACACUUGUGGAGCACCAAACAGUCUGCUCUGUUGAUAAAAUAGCCUUUGCCUUUUGGGUGUGAACACUGUUACCAGCUUUUCCAACCAUUUCAAAGAACUGCAAACACUAGGAAUGCUGAUCUUACAUAGGCAGAUGCUGCAAGCUGCUGAUACAUAAGCUUCAUUUUUCCUGACAACAAGCAAAAGGAUCUACAUGACAGCGAUCAUUGUGAGGAAACUAGUUGGAAUGAGAAUGCAAUGCCAGCAUCUGCUGUUGCCUUCAGGGGAGCAGCUGGUAUGGGCUCCAUUUAGAAGUUUCCCUGUAUCAUAGAGGAUUCACGUGUCUGAUAAGCAGGCAAUGGCAUCUUGUACAAUAGGCUUGGCCCCUUGUUACUUGCUCAGAAAAGCUCUUAAGGAAUUAGUUGCAAGUGACUGUUGAGGGCACCGAAUGUAACUGGUUAAUGACUUGUCUAAUAUCUGCAUUCAACAGGCUCCUGUGAGAAUAAUUAAAACAAAAAACACCAAACAGCUCAACAAAAACAAGCCACUAUCUAUACAGGAUUUCAUGAAUUGGUAAUCGACAUCACUGUGCCAGCUGUAGCAGAUUGUUGAAGGAAGUCCAAACCCAGAGACAUGUGCUUCUGCCUGUGUAGCUGGAAGUUGUUUCAGCUCUGAGUAUUUUGCUGGGAGGGUAGAGAGAAGGGGAGUAGAAAAAGACCUCAUCUGUCCCUGAGGCAUAUAAAAUGCAUGAAUGAAUUGCAGUUAUCCUAAGUACCCAUUUAACUUCACGAGAAGAAUGCGUAUGGCACAAGUUCAGUUAUAUUUUUGGAAGAUAUUUGUUAGUAUAAAUGAAUAUAUAUAAUACAAAUAUAAAUGCAGAAGGAGAGAGAUGAUCUGUCUUAAAAUUGUAAUAUGAGCUGUGAUGCAGUGGUUAAAAUACUAACUUUGUACACAUUCUUGAGAGUCUUGGAUUGGUACCCAUAAUUUUGGCUGCUGUUACAAAAUAAACAUAAAAUGGUUUGUCUUCUGUAUAUGCCCUUGUACAGACUUGUCUUAUGGGAAAUGCUUAAAAGUUCACAUCAAGUUAAGGUAGAACUGGAUGACAUAACUAUUUGCUAUUCCAUGUGUAAUCUAAUACUUAUUAAAAAUCAUUUUCUAAGGUUAUUGCAAUGAAAAAACUGCCAUUUUUUAAAAUCUAGUUAGGUUAUGAGUGUCUCUGAUCAUCAAGAAUACCGCUGAGACCCCAUCAUGUCCAUAUUAAAACAUUAGCACUGCAGGAGGUAAUCUCUUGUUUUUAAAAGCUGAUUUUACAAUGGACUGCCUGAUGAUUAUGUACAUCUAAUUACUCCUUGCUUAGUAUGUUUCCCACUCAAAGCGUGCAGAGACUGUACAUGUGAACUGAAACUCAAGGUAAAAUAGGGACAUAAUUUACAUGAAUUUAAUCUGCAUCACUUUUAUUUUAUUUACAAUUUGAUUAUUUGGAUAUUUUCAAUUAAUUAUGAGCAUAUUUUUAUACAAUUCUAAACUUUAAAAAGAACUAUUUUUUUUAAUGGAGAAGUUUGAAAUAUAUUCUGUGUGGGCCUCUGCCAAAGCAGAUAUGCUGAGGUUGCACAUCCAUCUCUAUACAAAUAGUUUUUCUAGGUCCACAGGAAAGACUGCUGAAUUAUUUGAUGUUAUGACUGCAUCUACAGUGUUAAUGCCACCACUGGCAGGGUGCAGAAGUUCUGCAGUGACUGUGGGACCACAGGGCUGCUUUUUGGAGGUUGUUAUGAAAGUGUUGCUGAUAUACAGAGGUGGUUUAAAAAGCUGUGACUCUCUGGAGUUAAAUCUUUACUACUGUGGCAGAAUAUUCCAUAUCAGCAAUUUUCCAGAACCUAGUGGUGAUUGAUUAGAUUAGAUGGAGAAAAAUGAUAACUUGACUUGGAAGGGAUUGUAGGGCAAUGCUUGAAGAAUAAAAAGGAUGGGAGAAAAAAUUGUUUAACAGGCACCAGAGAGCAUUUGUAACUCUUGCUUUUUUCCUGAGACUGACUUAAGGCAGAUAUUCAGUAUACAAUGAACUCUGUAUUUUUCUGAAAAGCUGUCUAGUUCUGCUUUUAUUUAGCAGCAUGGAGAACAUUGUAGCUUGGCAUGGGAAUAAGGUUAACAUAGAGAAGCCCACUGUGAGAAUAUUUCUGUACCUCCCUAAGAGAACCAUGAUUUGGUGCUGACAUUGCAUGGCACAUUGCCAAUGCUGACAAGAAGGUGUGGUGCUAAACCCAUAUCGUAUCCACUAAUUUAUCAAGUAAUUUUUCUUUGUGUACAGUUUGAGCAAAAACUGCCAGGCCUAAGGCAUAUAUGCAAAUUAAUGGCAUCAGCUCUGAAAGUCACCCGGCUCUUAAUUUGAAAGAUGUUCAGACAAAAAAGUCUGCUAACACGAAUGCCUAAAGACAAGCUUCUUCAUUCAUAUUUGAGUCAGGGAUCUGAUUUUCAGUCUCAACGUUUAUUUUUCCUCUUGAAGAUAAUGCAGUCUAUUAGGACACACCUCUUAAAAUCCUCAGGUCCUUUGCAUUUGGGAGUCUACUGUAUGGGUUUUAGUACCUACCUUUAGCUUAUGUUGCUAUUGCUAUUUUUUUUUUCCCCUUAGUACUGCCAGUUUUGGCAAGCAUUCUGCUUUGCAGCACUGAACUAAAAGUAAAUACAACAUUUUGCUGACUUUUUUUUGUUCUUGGCCACAAAAAGGAUACAAGUCUGUCUUGAGUGUGUGUAUGACAAGUAAGUCAUUUUGUAUCUUGUGGUUUUGUCAUGCCACCAUUAUUUCAGUUGUUUGGCUUUACCUCACUGGCAGAAUGAUUCUUUCACAUGACAAAUCUAUUGUUUUUCUUCCAAAUAGAUAUGAAUAAAUAUAUAUAGCAAACUUGCAAGCAGGGCUAGUUAUUUGUAUUUUUUAAGCUUAAAGUAUACCGUCCGGUGCUGGUAAGUACCUAGCAUUUCUUCUGGAUUUCUUGCACAACUUCAUUUAGCUUUUGUAAAUUUUAAAAACAAAUAUAGAGAGACCUAUGUGUUUGAAAUAUAAAUGAUAUAUAUGGAUUAGCAUGUAACUGUAUAUUAUUAAACAUGCAAUGAUCUGACUGGUAAGUGAAGUCUAAUCUUAUGGCUAGCAAUGUAAUUUAUUCAGACUGUAUUUUUGUACAGAGCAGUGCACACUAACCUGUUGCCUCUGUGUCCUCUAUAAUGCCUAAAACUGUGCCUAGAAAUUUCAUUUCUGUCUUAAAAAGAAAAAGAAAAAAAAAAAAAGACAACUAAAUGCUCCAUGUUGUUGAUGUUUUUUCUGAUGUUGGUCUUUAUUUAUUUUUGAGAAGUGUAUGGUAUGUUUAUUAAGUGAAUCCAUAAAUAUGGGUCAUUUUAUGUGGUCAUUGUUAGCAGGGAAAGACACGUGUUUUUUUUUUAAUCAAGACUACAUUUGCAGUUUUAAUACCGUUUCUGCAUUUCACGAUUUUUGUAGCUUACAUAAAGUUAUAUGUGAGAAAGUAACUGAAAUAAAAAAAAAAUUGUUACACUAA